CCCAAGCGAACCCAAACGGCCGAACAGACACUCACUCCUGCGAUCCUGCGACUUGCGGUACUGCCGCACUGAGCCCCUGAUAUAACGCACAGCACCCAUCUGGCCGUCUGCUCCCCGAGAUCGGCGAAUUCCUCUCUCCCCCCUCGCACAAGCCAUGGCGAAGCCGCAGCUCCUUCUCUGCCUUCUAGUCGCCGCCGCCGCGCUGCUACUCGUCGCCGUGGCCAAGAAAUCCGGGGACGUGACGGAGCUCCAGAUCGGCGUCAAGUUCAAGCCAGAGACCUGCAGCAUUCAAGCUCACAAAGGUGACAGGGUUAAAGUUCACUACCGUGGAAAACUUACUGAUGGGACAGUUUUUGAUUCUAGCUAUGAAAGGGGUGACCCAAUUGAAUUUGAGUUGGGCUCUGGUCAAGUGAUCAAAGGAUGGGAUCAGGGUCUCCUGGGAAUGUGCGUUGGUGAGAAGCGGAAGCUGAAGAUCCCUUCAAAGCUUGGCUAUGGGCCUCAAGGAUCACCGCCAACUAUUCCUGGUGGAGCAACUCUCAUAUUUGACACGGAGCUUGUUGCUGUCAACGGGGAGCCAGCCAGCAAAUCUGAUGACAGUGAGCUUUAGAUAGCCAGGAGAGUAGGAUCGGCUUCCAGAACAAGUGAUUAUCAAAUCGAAUAGAUGAAUGCAUAAACCAUUUUACCCAGAGCUCGGCAAAAUGUAAUGCAUACCGAGAUCCCUUAGACAGACGAAACAUUUGUUCCCUGUGACUUAAUUUCGCUUGCUAUCCCAUAAGAACAAUCUAGUCGUCCUGGAGCAAACUCCUUAUCUGUUAUGACCUGUUUGGAAAAUCGAAAAGGAUCCUCUUUUUCUUUACAAUCA